AUGGUCGAGUCGCACGCCGAGAUACCCUACUACAAGCUCGACGUUUCGCAUAUCUCGCUCGCGCUGCUCGUGCUCGGCGCCUACUUCACUACCAUCAACCAGCUCUCGUACUGGAUCAAGGAGAAGCUCUUCCUCUCGAGUGCACUCGUAUCCCUCUGCCUCGGCAUCGCCUUUGGGCCCUAUGGCGCCGACAUCAUCAACCCGCUCGAGUGGGUCGGUCGCAACGCGGCUGCCGGCCGCGCGCUCACCUUUCAGCUCACGCGGGUGCUCAUCGGCAUCCAGGUCAUGUUCGCCGGCAUCAGUCUCCCCGCGGCGUAUCUGAGGCGAGAGGCGCUCUCCCUCUUUGUGCUCUUGUUCCCCAUCAUGACCAUAGGCUGGUUCGUCUCGGCCGGCUUCUUGAAGCUCUUCAUCCCCGCCAUCACCUAUCUCGAGGCGCUCGUCAUCUCGGCGUGCAUCACUCCGACCGACCCCAUCUUGGCCAACGCAAGUGAGUGCUGGCCUCGGUGUGUGGACAAAGGCGCCAUCCACAAGAGUUGCCCGCGGCUAACGCUGCACCUUUCUCACGGUCCACAGUCGUGCAAGGACGGUAUGCCGAAAAAUAUGUACCCCGAUCCGUCCGCAACAUGAUCUCGGCCGAAUCCGGCGCCAACGACGGACUCGGCUACCCGUUCCUCUUCAUCGCCAUCGGCCUGAUGCAUCGCAGUGAAGAAUCGCUCGGAACCGUCGUUGCUCAUUGGUUCGUAACAACGCUCUUGUACCAGAUCAUGCUGUCGUGCGCGAUCGGGGCCGUGCUGGGCUACAUUGCGCGCAAAUCCUUGAAGGUCGCCCACACUCGUCGUCUCAUCGAUCAUGAAUCAUUCUUGGCCGUGAGUUAUGCGGCCUCUACAGCCUAGGAAGAAGCGUGCGCAACACACUCAUACUACUACGCCCUGUCCUUGCAGUAUGGCGUUGGACUGUCAUUCCUGACGCUCGGCGUCGUCGGCGUGCUUGGCAGCGAUGACGUCUUUGCCUGCUUCAUAGCCGGCAAUUCGCUUACAUGGCAAGACUUUUUCCGCAUCGAGACCGAGGACGAGACCUUUCAAGACGUCAUCGAUUCGCUCUUGAACGCGUCCAUCUUCAUCUACAUUGGGACCAUCAUCGAUUGGUCGGCCUAUACGUCCCAGUACCUAACCCCAUGGCGCAUGGUCUUGCUCGCCCUGUGCCUCUUGGCUUUCCGCCGACUACCCUGGAUCGUGGCGCUGCAAAAGUUCAUCCCCGCAAUCCCGUCUCACAAACAAGCGCUCUUCACCGGUUUCUUCGGCCCUAUCGGCGUCUCAGCGAUCUAUUACGCCAUUCUGGCUUUCAACGAAGUCCCUGAAGAACGAGCCGUGCUGCGCGCGCUGAUCAUCCCUGUCGUGCUCUUCAUCGCCUUCUCGUCGACCCUCGUUCACGGUAUCUCCAUCCCUGUGUCCAAGUUCACUUAUGUCGCGUUCGAACGCACGCGCUCGACCAUGUCGGUCACAUUCUCACCUGCGGCGACGGCCCGACGUCGCACCAAUACCGCCCCGGCUAGCCCCGCAGCCUCGAUCCAUCAAGUCGCUCGCUCCAAAGCGGUCGCCAUGCCGAAUAUCGAUUCCGCGCCCAGACGAUUGACGUUUCAAACAGAAGGUACGGCGACACCCGACUCGCAUACGGCGACACCCGACUCUGCGAGUCAGGUGGGGUGA